AGUGAGAAAACAAACGGAAAAAAACAGCACUCAACACAAAGAGUAGGAGUUAAAUAUACUAUUAUAUAAAACAGUUUGUUUCGGCUCAAUGCGACUUAAAGUUUCGCAGGCUACUAACAGUAACCCGGCUCAUUCAGGCUUAGAUUACCGAAUGGAGAAACACAGGAAAUCCAAGAUGGCUACAAGAAAUCUGGUUACUAUUGGUCAAAGCGGAUCAUGCGGUGUUUAUAGAGGAACUAUACCAAAUAUCUCUGCAAAAUAGAACGCUGUCUUGAAAGUUUCAAAGCAUAUUCCCGAUAAGCGACAGAAAAAGAAGAAAAUGAACCAAAAUAAUAGCACCAAUGUUUGUGAUAACAUUAAAGAAGAACUAGAAGCUAAAAUGCUGGAUGUCUAUUUUCCUGUAAUACUAUAUCUCUCAAUUUUUAUGACGUUUGGAAUAAUUGGAAAUUGCUUCACUUUUUAUAUCUACUGUUUCAAAUUCGAAAUUUCGACUACACAGACGUACGUUGUUGCGCUCGCUAUAUGCGAUCUUCUGACUUGUGCAAUAUGUAUGCCCUUCGACAUAGCACUCUUGCAUCAUCCCUUCACGUUUCACAGUGAUAUAUUAUGCCGCUUCAUGGUAUUUCUUGUUGCAGUAAUAGUAAUCAGUUCAGGUUUUAUUGUAAUCAUGAUAGCAACCGAUAGAUAUAGACUUGUAUGUCGACCUCUUGGAGAACAAGUUACCAUUGAAAGUUCAAAGAAAAUGCUAGUAUUUAUAGUAGUUCUUGCUACUUUUGUCAGUUUACCAAUGCUUUUCAUACACACAAAAGAAAAGAGGAUAGUUAAGCAAUGUGGAAAUAUUGGAGAAAUAUGUGCAAUUUCUGAUAGUUUGAAAAGAACAAUCUUUCCUUUCGCCUACUAUGUUAUCGGAGUGAUGUGUUGGUGUUCUAUGUUUAUUGGUCUUAUGAUAUUAUACUCAUUAAUUGCAGUACGUGUUGGAGAAAUUGACAAAGUAAAAAAACAUAAACUAAGGCAACUUCUUAAAUUUGCAUCAUAUGACGAGAAGCAACACGGUGAUAUUUCUUUAGACGUGCCAAGAUUUCGCUAUGUUAGAAGACAGUCAUUGCUCCCAACUCAAACCAAUUUCAUUUUCUUCGUCAUCACGUUGCUCUGGGUUACCAGUUAUGUACCGCAUUUCAUUUCAAUAUUCUGGAAAUUGUCCAUUGAAAAUUUCUAUGACAAUGUAACUGAAGAAGUCGACCAAAUUAACGCUUUUCUAUUGCUUUCUUAUUACCCCAACUGUGCGAUUAACCCAUAUAUUUAUGGACUUUGCAACCGACACUUUCGUAGCGAAUUAGGACACUUAUUCCGUAAAAUACGUGCAGUAAGUGAGAAAUAAAAUAUCGAAUCUCUGAAUUUAUUAUUUUAUAAUUGUUCACUAGCGAUACAUAUUACGUUAAAUGAAGCAAAGUUCUUCUCAAUUCAAAUCAUUUUAACAAGUAUUUAAUAUUUUCGUAUGAGACACCGAUAUGCAUGGAUCCUUCAAACGAUAUAAUUUCUGAUUUAAAAAAAAACUAAACGAUAUCAUAUUGAUGCAAAGUUUUCAAAAUAUAUUCUGAGUAUUAACCUCCAUGGAUCUAAUCAAAGUGUAUUUGACGAUUAUGGAAUGUCUACAUAGUAUUUCGCAUCAAAAGCAUAACUUUGUUGUACUAAUGACAGCAACUACAACAACGAUGAAGUCAGCCAAUGAAAGAGCGCUUAUUACAACUAACCUUCUUACCGUCAUAAAAAAAAUGUCUCCUGGAUUUGGUAAGGGGAAAGAGGCGAAAAACCCACGGUUCAUUACGUCUAGCUACUGUAGAAAGCAAGCCAACAAGAUAAAAGGACGUUGAUACGAAAAUAGACCACAGUAUGGACUUCCAUAAUGGACUGUAUCUGCGUUAAACAAGUCGACGGAUUAGUGUCUACAACAAAGAAGGUAUAAUAGCUGGCAAAAGACAGAAGAGUUCUGGCUGGAACAUCGUUACUGAUAGACGUGCAAAGUUAUGGAUUGCAUACAGCUAGCUAAACAAUUGUGUUGACACGAUAAGGCCAUCGUCAAAACAUAGUAAUAAACACCAAUAUAACGAUUACAAUGAAAA